AAUACUAAUAUAAUAUUGUUUACAUAAUUAAUUUAACAUAAUUUUAAUUUUUUAUUAAGCAGUAGUGACAUUUUAUGUAAUAUAAAAAUUAGAGCUUGAUCUGCACGUAUGCCCGGAUGUUAGUUUUUACUUUUUAUAAAUUGUUUAGUGACAUUUUUAAACGCAUAAGUUAUUUGUCUAAUUUUUCUUAUUUUAAUAAAGAUAGAUUUAAUAUUGCCAAAAACGGAAACAGGAAAACACGUAAAGCCCAAGCUAUAUAUAUAUUAAGACAAGUCAGCCAAAUCAGAUUUGUUGCCUCCGCUAAGAAAAACCCUAUUUUCUCUCCGUUUCUACUGCGAAAUCGUCAAGUCUCCUCUCUCUGCCGCCGCAGCAGCCAUGGAAGAAGUGGUUGAUUGAUAACUAUAACGAAGAGUGUAGGAUCGUUGUGGAUCUUUACGUGGAGCCGUGGAGGAGUGGGAGAAGGUGAUCACUAGGAGUGGUCGUUGGAUUGAUUUCAAGAACGAUUAUAAGACGAUGGAUGUGGCGUUUAUGGAGAGUGUUUGGUGGGUUUUUGCUCAGCUUUUUGAUAAGAAUCUUGUCUACAAAGGCUUCAAGGUUAUGCCUUAUAGUACUGGACUAAAGACGCCCUUGUCUAACUCAGAAGCGAAAGGGACCUACAAGAACGUUUCGGAUCCUGAGGCUAUGGUGACGUUCCCAGUUAUUGGGGAUCAAGAUAAUGCUGCUUUCGUGGCGUGGACUACUACUCCGUGGACUCUUCCAUGCAAUCUUGCUUUGUGUGUCAAUCCCGAGUUUGUUUAUCUCAAGGUUCGUAACAAGCACAAUGGGAGAGUCUACGUGGUUGCUGAACCUCGCCUCUCAGCUCUUCCCAGCUUUGCUAAUGCUGCUGCUGAUACCAAGAAAGCCAAAGGUGGUGACAGUGCGGCGGCUGAUUCUUAUCAAGUUCUGGAGAAAUUUGAUGGAGCUUCCCUGGUUGGGAAGAAGUACGAACCUUUGUUUGACUACUUUAGUGAUUUCUCAAGUGAGGCCUUUCGAGUAGUAGCAGAUGAUUAUGUCACUGAUGACAGUGGUACUGGCAUCGUCCACUGUGCUCCUGCCUUUGGUGAAGACGAUUACCGUGUUUGUCUUGAGAACAAGAUCAUUGAACAGGGUGAGGGUCUAGUUGUGGCUGUUGAUGAAGAUGGGUUGUUUACUGAGAGGAUUACCCAUUUCUUUGGCCGGUAUGUCAAAGAUGCAGACAAGGACAUCAUUGAAGCCGUGAAGGUCAAAGGCAGAUUUGUUAAAACUGGGAGCUUUACUCACGAAUAUCCAUUUUGCCCUCGAUCAGACACUCCUCUCCUAAAUAGAGCCCUUCCCAGUUGGUAUGCUUCUUGCUUCGUAUGA